CAGACCAAAUCUCAGCAGAAAUAUGUUUUAUUACCCAUGUGUUUUGGAGCGGCAAACAGGUUGCUUCGCCACAAUUUGGCUGGCUGCGACCAAGGGAAUCAAAAUCCAAAGAAGAGAAUUUCUCAAAGUUAAUGUCAAACGGACCUGCGAUGACAUCAUGGACUACGUGCUGGUGCGCGUCCCGCCGCCGCAACCAGGCCUGCCGCGUCCGCGCUUCUCUCUGUACCUGUCCGCGCAGCUGCAGUAUGGCACCGUUAUCGUCUAUCACCACCAGUGUGCCAUGCUGCUGGAGGAAAUCCAGAGCACCGUUGCCCGGCUAACUAAGCCCAGGAGCUCCCAGAGGAUCGACAUGGAGGACCCUGGCAGACAGUCCCUGGACCAGGAUGCCCUGUUCUCAAUGGAGGAGCAUGAGUGGGCCAAUGACCCUUUUUUUGGACAGAUGCAUUCUGGGAUCUUGGUGCCCAGCCCCGGCACACUGGUGCAGCUGGACCUGGAGGUGAUGAGAAGGGUUUCUCCAGAGCACCCCCUGCUGUCCAGCCCAGGCACGCCACCUCUAGAAGGUUUGACAGCAUCUUCAGGUUCUAUCACCCUGCUAGAGAGAGAGCCCGCAUCCCUCCCCUCAUCGCAGCAGUUUGAAGGGGCGGAGCUUGCUGAGGUCACAGAUGCCGAGCUGGGCAUGAUUGAGCUGCUGAUGGACCAAUCAGAUCAUUUCCCAGAGUCCUGCAGACCCCUGCCCUUCCCAUCGAGGACCCCUCAGCGUCAGGGCUGUCCACGGAGGUGCCUGCAGCUCUGUCCACGGAGGUGCCUGCAGCUCUGUCCAGGGAGAGGACCCCUCCACCUCGGUCCAGCGAGAGGACCCCUGCAGCGGCCCCCUGGGCCGAGCAGCCCUCCUGGACUGGAGAGGAGGAAAGACGUGGCUGCUGAGAGAGAGAGACCUGAGCUCCUACCGUCAGGGAGGACUCAGACCAGGAGGAGGAGGGGGAGGAGACAGCUUCUCUUCAUGGACGAACACACCCAGAUCUCCCAGGAUGUACUGAGACGACAGCUGGACAAUCACCUCAUACAGACACAGUCACCUGUAUUUGUCAGCCUUCCAUCCCAGACGAUCGUGUCACCUUAUGGCCUUCUCAACAAGCCUUGUUCCACCCUCCCUCCAGACCUCCUGCUGCUAUGGCAACAGGCGGCGAUCAUCAGUCCUCUGUUAGGCUCGGACCUGCUGGUGGGCGAGCGAGGAACAGACUCGGACUCGGAGAGAGAGAGGGAGAGGGUGGGAGACAGGGGCGAGGAAGAUGGAGAGAUAGAGGAGGAGAAGGAGAUCAGCUCAAAGGAGGUGCUUCGGGAGCUGGCAGAGUCUGGCCUAUCCCAACCUGACUUAUCAGCUCCGUCGCUGCUCACGAUGGAGGUUUCAGACCGAGAGGGCUCCCACGACAUCUCCCUGCUGGACCCCCCCGAGAGCCAAGGGUCGUCCGGGUCCGGAAGGUCGGUGUCCAGGCUGAUGGACAUCCCAGAAGAGGCCCAAGCCCCCCUGGGGAGGGAGGAGGCCCAGGUCCCCCUGGGGAGGGAGGAGGCCCAGGUCCCCCUGGGG